AUGGCGUAUGCCUUAGCAAGUGAUCAGCUAUACCUGGUUUCUGAACAUAUUGAAGGAUGCAGAUUGGAUAACUGUCUCUUCUGUAAUGACGAAAAUGCCAUGACUAUGUCAGUGACGUUGACUGUUUCAUUUAAGGUACCACAAGCCAUUGUGCACUCACAAGAUUCAAUAAUCCUUCAUAGGGAUAUAAAGCCGGAAAAUAUACUUGUUUCACAAAAUUCCAAUGUGGUACAGUUACGUGACAUGGGUUUGAGCAAGCUCAGCAGCAUGAAUACUGUCAUGACAACUAUGGCUGGUCGGUCCUCACAGCCUGGCACUCCUGCUUACCAGGCAUCCGAGGUGAUGCUGAAAAGAAGCAGCUCAAAUUUCAACUACAGAUGUGUGAGCCUUGCGUGUACUUUGGUAGAAGUGAUGGCUAAAGUACCUGUCUGGAACCCCUCAGAGGACCAAGUGCAGAACAUAUUAAACAGAAGGAAAUUGAAGGCAAAAUCUGGAUGGUUUAGAUUUACUUGCAAACGUUGUUGA